GUCCGCGCAGCUCACUCGUGUGUGGCGACUCGUCGCAUUUUUGAUACACAUUCAAAACGAUUUUCAAAGUUUAAGACCGGUAAUAUCCGUUAAACCGUCGCUUUGGUUGCGACUCCUCCGGACAUCCAUAUUUCGCUCUGCGAAACUGACGCUUCGUUCUGUUAACGCCAGUUUUAACAGAUAUUUUUGAAGAACCGUAUGCUACUUCCUGCGCCUCGGAAUCAGCAGGUUUAGUGCUAAGUUUUGUGAAGUGUGUGUAUUUAGUGUCAAGUGAUACAAGUCUUAAUUUGUUUGCAACAAGCGAACACAAGAUCUGGAUUAUUGAUUUUGUACUUGGAUACGUCUGCAUCUGGAAUAAGCAAUUCAACUGUACAAAAGGACAUACAAACAACGGCGGAAGGAGGGGGCAUCAAGAUGUGAUCGCCGGACAGACAGACAAACACAAUAUUCAUGUUCACAUGAUUGACCUACCCCAUAUAACGAAUCUAGUCGACAUAGGAUAGCAUUUUAAGAAGAUAAGAGAAGAAGAGUACAAACCCGGUACAAAGAAGACAGAAGGGAGGACUAAUGUUGAUUUAUCAUAUAAAUUGACUUCUAGCGGUUCCCUCACUCAAGAAUCAAGAUGUCUACAAGCUUCUCGCAGUCAGCGAUGAAGAGCAGCUUCUCUCUGUCGUCGUUGCGGUCUGCGCCGGCGCCGCCCUGCGGCCUCGGAGACCAGCCCGAGCGACCCUACCACAGUCUCACCAAGAAACGGAAGGAGCCGUGCCGCGAGGCGUGGCGGCGCAGCUGGGGCUCAGCGGCCAGCGGCGGCAGCGCCGGCGACGACCUGUGGCCGCUGCUGCAGCACCACUACGACUACAUCAUGGACAACCACCUCAUUGACACGUGCAAGGAGGCGAACGGCGAGCUAUCCCACCACCCCCCACCCCAAGGCCCGCGGCUGAACCCCGCCGCGCUCAACCGCCAGUGGUCCCUCAACCAGCUGAUAGCCGAGUUCACGGAGCUGUGCCAGUGGCUGACGCAAGUCCAGGAGGAGAUAUACUCCAGCCCAGAGAAUCUGUCUAGUAGGAAGUUGAGAGUGAGUCGCAUGUCUGAGCUGGUGUCUGUAGAGCCGCGUCGCGCCAAGUUCAUAGAGCAGGCUUCCGCCAUACUCGACAGGAUACCGGAGGCCGCUGCUGAUGUGACGUGGCGCGUGGAACAUCUGAACGUUAAGUGGGAGAGUCUGCGCCUGCUGCUGAGUCCCGAACAGCUCGGACACGGACAGGACACAGUAGACACGGCACACGAGCUACGCUGUCUUCGCCGCUGGCUCCACACGAUGGAGGGCCGACUGCCGCCACCGUCGCUAGCCGCUGCCCGCGCCGCGCCAUACCACGACCUCGUGAGGAAACUACGGGAACAUCAGGUAUUGCAACGCGACGUGGAAUGCCACAGCCGCAUAGUCAGCUCCGUGGUGCGGCUGUGCGGGGAGGACGCCCUCGCCCUAGAGCGGCGCUGGCAUCUGCUGUACCUGAGGGCCAUCGAGUGGCAGUGCCAUCUGGAGGCGUGUCUCGCGAGGAGUGAGAACCAGAACCUGGUGCCAGCGGAAGUAGCCAGCGAUAGUGACGACGAGCCAGCACUGAAACAGCCGAGAUUGAGCAGAAGGGGGUCUCCCAGACGACAGAGGACUCCGGUGAAUCGCCACAGGGACGCUUCCGAGGAUAGCAGACAGUCCGCCUCAGAGGAGGAGCAGGAGUAUGCGCUGACGUACACGUGGCGUGGGUUCGGGUCGGACUGCGAGUCGGAGCGCGCGAGGGACAUGGACGAGCGACGGGUGCCUAGCGUGGACGGCGGUGGGGGACGGCGGACGGACCAGACGGUGCCAGGAGACCAGGUGGAUGGAGUCGAACUGAACUCGCCGAUGAAAAACGACAUAAAAGCAAAGACGCCACCGACAGUGAUCAAGCGAAAGAAACCAGUCGAUUCGUCAAAAUUCAACCAGUCAGAUAGGAAAUCUAAAAACUGCGCCACUUUCUACUUCAGACACCAUGAUACGGACUCAGACAGACAGAUGGUAGAUGACAAAUCCCAGGAAGAAUCAUCAGAGGAAGAAUGGACGUAUGUAGACGGACCCAAAAUUGGCAACGAAGACUCGACAGAUAUUAUGACGUCAUCCGUAGAAAUACAAUGCGAAUUGCCAAUAGAUAAAGAAAAGCCGCCGUCACCGAAACCGAAGCUAGAAUCGUCAACACCGGAUUUGUUAAGGCUAGACAGGUGUAAGAAUAUAGAGAGACUGGUGAUACAGGCAGAGGAAUUGGUACAGAAACAGGCGCAACAGCAGAUGGCGAAGAAGAAAGGCGCGAGGAACUUGAAGCCGCUCAUGUUCGAUGAGGAAGGAAAAAGCCGAGCGAAGAUGUCGAGGAUCAAGGAAUGGCUGAACCAGAGUACGGAUAAUAAGAAUGACAGUAAUCAGUGUGCGGAAAGCUACGAUGCGUCAGGGGAAUACACCACAGAGAGCGAGGUUGACACCUCACUUACAUCGGAGGAAAGGAACAUUCACUCCUCCAUGGAUAUGUCAACGUCCACCUGUACUGUCACACCCACGCAUCAGGCCAAGGUGCAACUGCGGAAGAAACGCGGCGGAUCUUCCGCGAGGCCGUGGUCGGUGUCCUGUCUGUCGCAGCUCGGGCCCCUCCAGACACCGACCGCGGACAUACACAACAUGUCCAUAUCGGAGUCCGCCCUAAAUACCCUAGCGUCGCCCCAAAGGGUCACCCCGGCGAAUUCCAGUUCCAAGUUGCGGGGCAGUUCUACUACAGUACAGGGCCACGUGUCAAGCACGAACACUAUGACGGAAGCUUGCACGUCGUGCGUGGAGACCAACGACAAGCAGUGCUGGCUGCGGCGUAAACGACUCAAGCUGCGGCGGAACAACUGUCGUAGGGAGCGGCUGGUGAAAUCCCUGUCCUUCUGCGGCCGGCUGAGCCCAGAGAUAGAGUAUAAGAACGAGCGCAGCGCGGCCAGCGAUCCCGCUACUAGUAGGAAGAAUAGGUUCGACACAACAUCUACAUCUGGUAACGACAGCGACGAGGAACUGAUCAAACAACAACUGGCAACCAUCGCCAACCUAAGACGGAGUAUAGAGAAGACCCACAUAUCCUCGAAGGACCAAGACAGUGCCAUUCCCGAGCAGAACGAACCGGAACCGGUGGUCCCUAGCUUCAAAAUUGGUCCCGAUGGUGGCGAGGUCAGACCACGACUCACCAGGAGCAUGGAGAGGGAGAGGACAUUCCUGACCCUUAGCCUGGGAGACCCGAGCCAGAUGUGGGACUUGUGCGUGGACAAGGACUCGGAUAUAGACAAAAGCGUCACGGCUGGUACGGAGGAACAUAGCUCGUUCUCGGAGCAGGCCUGGGAUUUCUAUCAGGAAAAGUACAACUCGGAGCCGUACUCGGAGGCGCCGGAUUCGGACGCGGCGAGACGAUUGCUGGAGUUCGGUGACGACUACCGCGCCUUCCUCGACUCCCAGUCCGACUGCUGCUCCAGCCUGUCCGCCCACCACGACCUUAGCCCCGGCACCCGCCGGCGCCGCCCGCCCUCAGACGCCUCCCGGGAGCGAAGCCUCCCCCGCUACAAGCGACCCACCAGAACCUCCCCAGUCGAAACACCCUCCAGAAAACCCAAAAAGUCCAUGUCCAGCGCUGAACGGAAAAAAUCACUCUUAGAUAGCUUAGAACGAUCCAGAAAUAAUACGAGCAUCGAGAGCAAUGAGAGUAGACGACGCAAACCGUCCGAGAGCGGUAAAAAACGUUCGCCUGAGUUCGAUCUGCUGAACAUUCAGGCGCUGAGUCGCCGGCGCCACAGUAGCAACCUUACCAGCGACGAGGUCAACAGCUCGCUGGAGUACACCGAAGUGAACAAUCGACCGGAUAUCCUGGACUCGUUGAGUAGGAGACGCAAGGAGAACGGAGAAUCAGAGCUGCAAAAGAUAGCUCUGUCCGAGCUCAGAAGGAGAUCCACGGAGAGCGUGGAUUCGGAAGACGAGUCCUCCCCCAAACACAGGAGGAAUUGGAGGGACUCCGAUUCGGAGACGGACGAAGUGCGCACCCUCGUCCGCAGGUCCAGUAGCCAGUUGGAAGCGACGGAAGCGCUCAUGGCGCGCCAGGACGCGUCGCCAGAUCUACUCCGCGCUUUCGACUACACGGAGGUAGUAACCAGAUGUGGCGAAAACAUCAAUCUGCUCGAAGUGGCCCUCAGCAAUGCGUCUCUAUCGCCAGCCCUACAAAGGGACAUCAAAGUGGUGUCAGCCCGAUGGACGGCGCUGCGUGCUGCGGCCAUCCGCCGCGGAGGUGCCCGUCGUCUGCGUCGCGAGAUUGCCGCGUUGAGGGAAACCCUUGACGAUGUUUGUGAGCCUGGUGACUGCGCUCCACAGCCGCACACUAGGGCCCAGCUGCAUCGCAGGAUCGAGGAGCUCAAGGAGCGUCUGUCGCGGCUGCUGGAGUGCAAGGUGUCGAUGCUGAAGCUGACAGUGUCGGUCAGGAGGGCGCUGGGCGAGAUGGAGUCGGACGACAGUGGGCUGACAGCUGACCUGACAGCGCUGCUGGCGGCCUGGGAUGAUGCGCAUCAACGCACUUCCACCGAGCUGCUAUCACUGGAGAAGGCGGUGUCCGCUUGGGCAGAAUGGGAGAGCGCUCUCCGCGAGCUGCAGGGUGCGCUGCGAGGGGAUCUGGCAACGCUGGAGGCGCUGAGGGACAGGGGGGACCAGACUGACGUCACAGCACAGAUCAGGCAGUUGGCUGCGUCGCUGAUUGACAAGAAGAAGGGCGGUUCUACAUGCGACUCGUUGUCGGACUCCGGCAUAUCGGACGGGGACAGCGAGGGUGCUGGCGGGCGCGCCCGACGGCUCGGCGUGUUGAGGGAACUAGCGCGUAGACUGCAAGCGGCGUUGGCGCCUAAUUCACCCGCGCAUAGGACUAUUGCUAAGCGCAUGGAACAAACGGAGAACGAAGUGAAGGUGUUGCAGGAGUCGUGCCGGGCUCUCGUGGAACAGAGCAUACCGGACCUCAAGAUCGAUGACGUCACGUCCGAGCACGCAGUGGUACCAAACGGUAAGACGGGCUCCGGCGAUCCGGAUUAUACACCGCGCGGGGGCUGGAUGUGGCGAGUGCUGCGCUCCUCCCUGCCCAUACAGCUGUGUCUAGUAGCCCUGCUACUCGCCGCCUGGAUAGUAGAACGCCCGCGCUGCUGCGACGCAUUCAACUCCCUCGCGCAAACACUAACGCCGCAGCUCCGAUACGUCAGAGGCCCGCCCCCGAUGUGAGCAAAAUGGCGGUGAAACGGUGUAAAAUAUGGCCGCUGUGUCUAUGGCCGGAAGUGCGUUAAUCUAUGGUACAGUUUUUAGUCUAUGACUUGUAGUCUAUGGUUGAAAUUGUAGAGUUGCAAUGUUUGUGACUAAAGUCUGUAAUCUAUGGUUAAAUUGCAGAUAAAUGAGUCGGGUUCUGGGACUAAUGUCUGUAAUCUAUCGUUGAAAUUGUAGAUGAAAGAAUCGAAAUGAUUCGGUCUGAGACAAAAGUCUGUAAUCACUAAUCUAUGGCCGACAAGGAGUGUUUGUAGCAGUAGUUUGGAAUAAAGUGACGCCCUCACUAGAGCUGUCGAUUCGAUAAUUCGAAUUUUAAAUGUGACAGCGGCGCCCGUUAAUAUAAUGCAUGCAGCAUGCCGGAUUUUGAAAUUAACACUAAAAGUAGUGGGAAUAACAUAGUGAAGUAAGGUUAUGUUGGGAUGUUAUUGGGAUUUAGUAGGCGAUUUUGAUAUAUUUUUAUAUAUGAAACAGGAUCUAGCUGCCACUUAAACUAGUUCAAGAGUGAAUGUUGUGGAUGAGUAACU